ACUUCAACAUUCACCAUUCCUGAAGACUGAACCUCUUGAGAAUGGAAAUAAUAGAAAAGUGGUGCGUUCUACCAAUGAAAUAUCACUUGCAGCAGUAUGGUUCUGCAAUUGUUCUUAAGAGUGUCCUGUCUGUGAGUGCAUAAUGUAGAUACGUCGACAACAUGAACGGGACGCAGCUUGUUGACGUAUCUCGCAGAUGUGGCACCGGGAUGCCGGAAGCCUUUUUAUCCAUGUGGCACCCGAGGAAUGCAGUGGUAGCGUCCAUAGUGGCCUUGUGUGGUCCACAUGCACCGCUACUUUCGUGUUGAUACAAACAUGAUUAUCUCCGCAGGAAUUCAGGUGCUUGUGAUGGAAUUCCCCAAAAGCAUCCCACAGAGUACACAGGAGAUAAAGAGAUAAUGAGAUAAAAAGGCUGCAUCAGGCCACUGCCAUUCAAGUGCCCUCUGAUCCAGCCCUGAGUGUGUGUCACCCAUCCGCUCCUCACUCUUGUACUUGACUCUGUUCCUGCUACACGCUAACGUUAACCUUAGUGACAACAGUGAUGAGCAGCAAGUGUCCACCAGUGCUGCACAUGCCCAGCAUGGGGGAGCAGGCCCACCGCCUUGCAGUGCUCUCAGAGACAUUCAUUGCAGCCUUCUCCCAACAGCCUCAGUUCUUUAGUCGUGCCCCAGGAAGAGUGAACCUGAUCGGGGAGCACGUGGACUACUGCGGGUUUGCCGUGUUCCCGAUGGCUGUGGAGCAGGACAUCCUCGUUGCCGUGGCGACCAACACCACUGGCAUGCUCAACAUCUGCAACGUAGAUCCAUCACAUGCUCCUUACUCCUGUGACAUUAAUAAUUUUGAGAUCAAUAAGGAGAGGCCAUCCUGGUACAACUACAUCUUGUGUGGUGUGAGGGGAAUCAAGGAUGAGGGAGGAAUGCAGAGCCCUUUCAUUGGUCUCAACAUGGCAAUCUCUGGCAACGUCCCUCCGUCAUCUGGGCUCUCCUCCUCCUCGGCCCUGGUCUGUGCCUCGGCCCUCGGCAUGUCAUAUGCCCAUGGCCUCUCGCUGGCCCUGGACACCCUGGCUGAGAUCUGUGGCCGCUGUGAGAUGCACGUUGGGACCCAGGGUGGGGGCAUGGACCAGGCCAUUUCAUUCCUCGCCACCAAAGACACAGCAAAGCUCAUUGAAUUCAACCCGCUGCGUGCCACGUCCGUCGCCUUGCCCCACGGAGCUUCCUUCGUGGUGGCCAACAGUCUGGCCCCAAUGAACAAGGCUGCCAACUCUUACUUCAACUGCCGGGUCAUGGAGUGUCGCCUGGCCACUCAAGUCAUGGCCAAGAGGGCUGGAUUGCCAUGGAGAACAUUCCAGAAGCUUGGGGACCUUCAGCAAGCUCUGGGCAAGACUUUGCCACAGAUGAUCAGCAUGGUGGAGGACACGUUUGAGGUGCGACCCUACAGCAAGCGGCAGGUGUGUGAGCUGCUCAACACCACACCUGAAGAACUCAACCAGGUUUCCCUCUCAGAGAACACGCGUCACAUUCAGGAAUUCAAAUUACACGACCGGGCACUCCAUGUCUUCUCUGAGGCUCACCGCGUGUGGGAGUUCAAGAAGGUGUGUGAGGAGGGUGGCCCCUAUGCCCUACACCAACUGGGGAAGCUCAUGAGUGACUCCCACAGGUCAACACAGCUCUUGUAUGAAUGCUCCCACCCAAAGCUUGACACCCUUGUGGAAUUGUCCAGUAGCCUGGCGCUGGGGGCAAGACUGACAGGUGCUGGGUGGGGUGGCUGCAUGGUGGCACUGGUGGAGGAAUCUAAGGUGGAACAGUACAAGGAGCACCUGUGGAAGAACUUCUACAGCAAGGAGCCUGCAGCUGAGGGACGGCCAAGAGAGAGUGUCCUCUUUAGCUCUCAUCCAGGCCCAGGAGCUUAUGUGUUUGUUAAGUAAGGGACUCCCCUAGUCUUUUCCUUCAUCUGGUGCCGAGAUAUACUACAUGUGUAGAGGCUUCUUUCAUACUUAUUGUAUUGUCUUAGAUGCAGGGCCUCUGUGUAGAUUAGUGUGUGUGUGUGUAUGUGUGUGUGUGUGUGUUUGUGUGUGUUUUGGUGCUGUAAUUUAGGGUGGUGUUGCAUAAGUAUUGCUAUCAGAUGUUACCAGUGAGAAUCACCUGGUAAACUGGCUUUUCAUCAUCACCUAAAGUGGUGGUGUUGGCCGAGAUUUAUUUUUCCAGUGUGUCUGACAGUGUUACUGAUGUAUCGCCACCAUCACUGUAAAGGGUACAAAUUUGAAUAUGUUGUUAUUAUUAUUGUAGGUAUUAUUAUUAUUAUUAACCUGCAUGGAAAUGAAUCUUGAUUGUGUUGAUUACAACUAACCAUGUCAGGUAUAAAUGUUUUUGGGAAAAGAAUUACUUAAGAGGCUGUAUUCUGGUGGUGUGCUGCGAUUGAUAUUCAUUUAGCUUUUGAUAUUACCCAGUGAUCAAUUAUUUGAGUUACUGGUGGGUUCAUGGUGCAUGAAAGAUUAUCUCUGGCAUUCCUUGUGUUUGGAGUGCUGCAGGAUCUGGCACUUGGCCAUGAGUGAGUUACAGUCUGAGUGGCUUGCAGUGAUGAGGUGGAUCAGCAACAACAGGGAGGCAUCAGGUGAUGCUGAGUCAAGGAUCAACCACAAUGGUUUCUUGCUUGACUUGCUCAUUGUCAUGCUCAGAGUGGGUGCUUAAAACUCAGAGAUUUUCAACUUUUUUUUUACAUUGAUUUCUUUAUUAAAUUUGCUGUAAUAGAUGUAAAUAAAGAAGUAUUUGUCAAAUAUU